AUGUCGGCAUCGGACAGCGAGGCUGAGAAUACCGACGACUCUCAGGGCUCGCGGAAUCCCAAGAAGCGCAAGAGGAACCAGAAAAUCUCAUGUGAAUUGUGCAAGGCUCGUAAGGUAAAAUGCGACAGAGCAGAGCCGUCAUGUGGCUGGUGUGCCAAGAACAGUCGCGUCUGCGUCUAUCAGGAGAGAAAGAAACCCGGAAUGCGCAUUGCGUACGUUCAUGAGCUCGAAGACAAAGUCAAUCGCCUCGAGGCUGUAUUGCAUUCGCUUGGCCGGCGAGUUGAAGACCACAUCCAGGAACACGAAGUCACGGUGAAAAAGCCGCCAGCUCCUUUUUCGACCCAGACAGGCUACACGCCGCAUUCAGAUGUUUCCCGCGAAGCUAUAUCGCAAUCUACGGAGAGUCCUACCGCUGAUUCUUCCUGGCAGUAUGUCUCUAAUCAGAGGGACCAGCAUCGGCAUCUGCCUGAGCCGAUGUCAGUACGCUCAGUAAUCGCUGAUGGCUCGGAGUAUCGCAAUGGUCCUCGUCCGCGUUCCUACACUUCGUCCUCCUUAACUGCCAACAGAUCUUUCUCCGUCGGUGAACAGGAAUUGCCGCCAUACGAUCUGGUCUACAAUCUGGUCGAUCUAUUCUUCAAACACAUCAACCCGUGGUCCCCAAUCCUGGAUCGUAAGACUACUUUCAACGUGCUCUUUGGAGGAUCUCGUUUGACAGAAGAUGACCGAGUCCUUCUGAACGCUAUAGUCGCAACAACGCUCCGCUUCUCGGCCGAUGCUCGACUCACAGCAACAUCGCGGAAGCAAUACCAUGACACAGCGAAAACCAAAGUACUUUUCCACUGCCUCGAGAACCCCUGCGUUAGCAGUAUGCAAGCGCUAGCCAUCCUCGCCAUCGACACGAUUGGCACAUCGUCCUCAUUGCAAGGAAUGAAUUUGCUGGCCUUUGUUUCCCGAUCGAUAGUGCAGCUCGGUCUCGGCAACGAAUUGACUAUGUACCUGGGUCAGCCUACCUACCAGACCGUGUCAAGCCAUCACCUGGCAUAUCCACCACAGCCAUCGUCGUGGAUAGAAGAGGAAGGAAGACGGCGUCUGGUAUGGAUGUUAUACAUUCUGGACCGCUACACUACGCUCUCUACAUCGUCAACCUUUACAUUCCCGGAUAAUGAUCUCCAUUUGCGUCUUCCCUGUACUUACGAUCUAUUCUCACGCAACACAUCCGUUUCAACUCGGUGGCCGCGGCCUCAGCUAAACUCUUCUGCGCAAUACCCCAUGCCUGACUCUAUGAACAUAUCACCCGCGAACCUCGGCUCCUUCUCCUACCACUGCGAGGUUCUGACGAUUCUCUCACGCAUCCACGAAUUCUUGUCUCGACCCGUCCCGCUUCAUUCUGGGUCAGCAAUGAACAAUUGGCGUGCGACUUACCAACACAUGGAUGGCAGCCUUACCGAAUGGCUGCACUCCUUGCCUGGAGAGUAUGGCAAGAUUUCACAGCUCUGUCACAGCGAUCCUGGAAGCAAGAUCUCGAACUGGAUCAUGCUACACGCCGCGUUCGUGCUUGCGGUUCUUCGUCUGCAUAGCGUAGCAGCAUAUCCCGCGUCGACCUCGAUGCAUUUUCAGCCUUCGUUUAACGCUAUGCAGCGCUGUCUUGGUGCUGUGGAAUCGCUGCGGGAGAUUGCUCAGGACACGAUCAACAAUUCCAUGCUCGACCUCCUGGGCCCGCCUUUUGCCUUCAGUCUCUGGACGAGUGCACGCUUGCUCAUCGUGGACGCUGCGACUAGGGACGGUGAUGUCGACCCGAAGAUUCGAUUCUUCAUAUCUACACUCGAAGCCAUGGGCCAGUACUGGCAGAUCGCCCUGACCUACGCCAGGACGCUAGACCGCCUGGUACGAGAAGGCAGUGAUGCCAUGUCCAUGGGCAAUAACGUCCACUCCGUGUCAACUGUGACACCCUCAACCACAAUGGCCACCAUGACUCCAUCGCCCAGUAUCUCCACAGCCGCAAGCACUGGCUAUAGCUUUCCCUUGAAUAGAGACCCUCCGAGCACAAAUCACCAUCAACAUCAACACACUUCGCAUCCUUCCACCACUCCUUACACGAGCUCUGGCCUACACCCAAGUAGUCAACAGCCACGCUCAUUCCGCGCAAUGCGCAAGCGCAGCUACGAAAUAGGUCGUUCUCUACACAGUCGACGUAGCGAGACUGGUGUUGGCAGUGGCCACUGGUGGACCGAGCCCAACUCCGCAACAACCACUGGCAGCCAGGUCAUCAUGCCGCAAGAUGGCGAGGUCGAGUAUCUCGACGUGUUCACUUUCUUUGACUACCCGAAAGUCCUUCCUCCUGAAGACGGUCCGAUCUCCGGUCCGACCAGUGGCGAGGGCAGUCGAGAGGGAACUCGGACGCCUGGUGCAGGAGUACUUCAUGUUGGACUGGCGCCUACAGGACAAAGCAUGGCACAAUCGAUGACUAGCAGCAGUCACAGCGGGACAUUUCCAUCAUCAGCCAUUGGUGGUGCCGGCAUAUCCGUCACAGCGGGAUCGAGUCGCGUCCAAAGUCCAGUGUUCGCGAUGCCAGUGCGCGAGAGCGACUGGCUGGGGUUUCAACCGCCUCAUGAAUAA